AAAUCAUACAAAUCUCAGCUCUUUCAUCACCGAAUCCAACAAUUCUCAUACAUUUCAUUUCCUCUUUACUCAUUCAACCCAUUUGCAUUUUCAUUUUAUCAAUUUCACUCGAAUAAUGGCAGAAAUCAAAAACACCCAUCAUCACAUUAUCGAAAUCUUAACCGACCUUCAAGACCACCCAUUAAUGGAGAUCUCAGAAUCCCCUGGUCACCUUCUUCUCUUAAAACUCUGGCAGCGCGAAGAACAUCUAUUCGGGUCUCGAAUCACACGCAAAGAAACCCGAAUCGACACUCUCCGAAGCGAAAUCUUUAACCUAUGUUUAUAUUUCUUCACAUUUCAUGUCUUCUUCUUCACCAUUUUGUCCACAUCAUCGGUUACCAACGAUACGGGCUCUUGUAAAAAAUGGUGGAUACCGAUGGUUUUGAAUUUAUCGGUUUCUGUUAUGAUGGUUUUUUUGGUUCAUAUGAAGCUUUGCAGGUACUGGAAAGUGUGUGGAGAGUUGCAGCGAGAGCGAAUGGAUAAUCGGGCUUUGACGAGAUGUGUGCAGGAGUUGAGGAUGAAGGGGGUGAGCUUUGAUUUGUCGAAGGAGCCUGCGAUUGGGAACAGGAUGAAGAGUUCGAGUGUGGAGAUUAAAUGGAAGCCGUUGACUUGGUGUAAAAAUUAUUUGGUUACUUUGUGUUUUGUUGGUGUUAUGGGUUUGGCUGUUCCUGUUUGCAGAUUUAUGGCUUGUGUUUAGGUUUUUAUAAAGCGGGCGGGUCGGGUCAAAAUGAGUUUGGGUGAAAAUGGGCUUUGAGCAAAAUGAGUUUGUGUUAAAACGGGUUGCUUUAAAAGUAUCAAAACGGCUUGUGUUUAGAUUUUUACAAAGUUGGUUGAGAAUUUUUUUGGGCAAAACGGGCGGGUCGGGUCAAAAUGAGUUUGGGUGAAAAUGGGCUUUGAGCAAAAUGAGUUUGUGCUAAAACGGGUUGCUUUAAAAGUAUCAAAACGGCUUGUGUUUAGAUUUUUACAAAGUUGGUUGAGAUUUUUUUUUUUUUUGGCAAAAGGGGCGGGUCGGGUCAAAAUGAGUUUGGGUGGAAUGGGUUUUGAGCAAAAUGAGUUUGUGUUAAAACGGGUUGCUUUAAAAGUAUCGAAACGGCUUGUGUUUAGAUUUUUACAAAGUUGGUUGAGAUUUUUUUGGGGGGCAAAACGGGCGGGUCGGGUCAAAAUGAGUUUGGGUGGAAUGGGUUUUGAGGUAAAUGAGUUUGUGAUAAAACGGGUCGCUUUAAAAAAAGUAUCAAUUUUGGUUCGCGUCGAAAGGUGCAUUUAAAAAAAAGUACUGAUUUCGUUGGAAUGGGUUUUGAGCUAAAUGAGUUUGUGAUAAAACAGGUCGCUUUAAAAAAGUAUCAAUUUUGGUUCGGGUUGAAAGGUGCAUUUUAAAAAAAAAGUACUGAUUUGGUUUUAAAUGAGUUGGUUUAAGUAAAAAAAAAAGUAUGGUAAAUGUCACCUUUGCCGAAGAGUGGAGGUGUCGGCGGAGCCAGCUGGCGGCAGGUGGGUGCCCACAGUGGUGGUAUUGUAUUUGACGACAACGGUGAAGGUGGCGACGAGGAAGUGUUGGCGGCAGCAGAGGUGGCGAUGGUGGUGCUCGGCGGAGUUCAGCCAAAACAGAAGUUUGUUUGAAGAAUUCUUCUAGUGGGGGAUGAAGCCUUCUGGUCCGAUUAAAUGCCCGAUUAAUGUUUAUUUCGGCCUUGUUCGAUAUCUCCCAAGACGGACAGAGACAAGAAGUUUAUGUAAUAACUGUCUUGUAAGCCAAUAUUUUCAACAAUGGUUGAAGUUCACAAAUGAAAUCCCAAAUGUGAAUCACUGAAACAGUGUCAUUCACAAACACACAAUUUUAGUAUACAAAUUCGAAAAGAGAAUCGUCGACUAUGUUAAUGACCGAAUAUGUAGUGCUGCAAUAUUGAAGUUAUGCAUUGGAUUUGUUUUUUUCCA